AAAUUCCUCGCUUCUACCGUGAUGCAACACUGGCGGUGAUGACCACGACCAAGAACAAACCUGGCCAACAUGAGGGACGCAUCCACUCACCAACGAUUCCGGCCGAAUUCGUGAAUGUGGCUCCUGCUAGCAUCAUGCACGAAAUAUCUCAAAACUCAAGAAUCCCUCACUCGAACAUCUUCCGCUCCCGCGUCCGCUUUUAGCACCAAAACAGCAAGAAUAAUUUCGCAAACCGAGAAGACAUUGGCCGAAACAUCGCGUGCCCCGCCGGCCGUGGAGUACAUGCCAAAGGCAAGGGGAUGUAAGGUUGCGCUCGCCCUCAAACAAAGGACGUGGUCUCGCGGGAUCGAGCGAGCCCUGUCGCAGACUAGUAGAUGCGUCAUGUGGUGGCUGACUUCACAAAUGGAGGAAGGGCUGAUGCAAACUACAGAGAAGAGAGAGGCCUUUGUUUAGGGAAGCCCGCUUUGUUUGUGGUGCUGGAGUGCUUGACGGGAGGCGAAUCUUCCGGAGAAGGAGUGUAAAGCUCGAGGGGUCUGCAGUUGAUGCUCUGCCCUGACACGUAUAAGAGCGAGGACGGCAGGUCAAGGGAGGGAGAGAAAAGGUGAAGGAGGUGAGAGAUUGAGUGAGGGAGAGAGGGAGGGAGCGUGCGAGGGCUUUGUAAUAAAGUGACAAAGAUAGACACGGAAAACGCGCACCGAGGAGAGAGAGGAUCGACGAGCUGAGCCGAGGAGGUUGAGGCAGGAGGAGACGGUUGACGCGAUGGCUGGACAUUGGGCGCUGAUCGUGGCUAUGGUUGUCGGGGUGCUGGCAGCGGCAGCAGGGGUGGACGCCACUGUGACGGAGAUUCUGAAGAACUAUGGACUUCCUGCAGGUUUGUUGCCUUCGACGGUGAAGAGUUACACGUUGGCCGACAACGGGAAGUUCGAAGUGAAACUCGACGCGCCUUGCUACGCCAAAAUUGAGGAUGAUGUGUACUACUCCAAUUCGAUCACAGGUACAUUGAGCUUCGGAAAGAUCCAAGGACUUGACGGAAUUCAGGCUCGUGAGGGUUGGUUCUGGCUGUGUGUGACUGGAAUUGUGGCCAGAUCUGACUCGAUUGAGUUUCAAGUGGGCCCUUUCUCCAAGUCUCUGGACAUUGAUCUCUUCACUGUGUCUCCUAACUGCAAAAGCGGAUCAAAUGGCAAGACCUUCUCCGAGUGGUUGUCUCAGGCUCUAAACGGUGACUUGAAGGUGAAUGUGGCAAGCAUUUUGGAGGAAAAUCUGCCUCGCAAGAUGUUGCAGUAAGGUAAUGCCUCGGUUAAUAUUUUUCGCCAACCACAUGAACUGAUCGUGACUGGGUUUGCUUGGAUGGCGAGUCUUCCUCCUUGUAACUGAUCAUAGAACUUCCACAACGUCGACAGCAUUCGGGCCAUGUCAUGAAUGCAAGCUGCAGCCAAUUGCUUUAUCAUUUAGUUUGAAGCUCUAGUUAUGUCAUGUUUCAGGGUUAACUCCCUCGCAAGCAUCCCAGUCUCUAAAUACGAGUGAUCCAUUGCAAGCAAUAUAUUGAAGGUGGAAAUAGAGCUGAUUGUGUCGGGGCCUAUUGGUGAUCAGAUGCAACACAGUACCGUAUAGACAGCCCUCUCAGGAAUGUGAUCUAUAAAAUUUCGAGUAUUACAGAUAGUGCAUGUUACGAUGGAGAGGUGAGGUCGACGAUAGUUUGGGGAUGUAGUAUCUUCUCUGUGGAAAGUUGUUCACCUUGAGAGGUACCUCGUGUAUAUAAAGCCGUAAGAGGUGAUGAAGAUUUGUGUGUAUGGUAAACAUAAUAUAUAUUUUGUUAAUGAAAGUCGA